AUGGGGAGGUGGGGAUCUGCCAUACAACCUCUUGUGAGGGGCAUUACUUUUUGCAAACUAAACCACGAGGGAGGUCAGGGACUUUACCUUGAGAGAAAGAGAAAAGGAAAUACUGAACAAUUCUUCUUAUCAUUCAUGAUUGGAAUACAUGCCCAGAUAAGGGAAAAUGAUAACAAUAUCGUAACAGAAAGCAAGGCCUCAACUCAUGUUGAUACUUUUGCCCCACGAAUGCAACAUCCCAUGUGA